AUGCCAGAUUUUUAGUUAUCUUGGUUUAAAUAUGGCAACUCAAGAAUUGGAAUUGUCUCUUCUGUCAAGGUUCCAAGGAGUUUCUCUCGGAGCUUUAUUUGGGGACUGUUUGGGAGCUAAAUUUGAAAAUAAUUGGAGCAUUUUGCCAUAUGAUAAAGUUAUCUCUUAUUAUGAAACAAUCAAAGAUAAGGUUGCUAUGGAAACACCAAAAGCUGAUUCUGGUUUUGUUCAUUACACUGAUGACACCUGCAUGACCUUUGACCUUGCUAAAUCGCUGACUAAAAAUAGGAAGUUCAAGCCACAAGAUGUCGCUAAGCGAUUUACAGAGACGUUUUUUGCUUCGCCAAAAGAAAGGAAUUACGGAAAACAUGUUGCGAAAGUCUUUAGUGAACUGAAAGAAAACAGUUGCCGUGGUGAUGUUUAUAAACCAGCAAGUGAACAGUUUGGUGGUUCUGGUUCCUAUGGAAACGGUUCCGCUAUGAGGGUUUCACCAGUUGCUUUGUUACAUCAUGAUAAUAUUAUCGAGAUGUUAACCUUGGUAGUUGCGCAAUCUAAGCUAACCCACACAAACCCAAGAGGAAUCAACGGUGCCGUACUACAAGCGCUUGCAAUUGAAAAAGCUAUGACAUCGGGAAAAAUUGAUAAUGCUAAAAUAUUUUGCCAAGAAUUAUUAGAUCAAUUUAAAGAAAUCACACCUAUUAAAGAAGACAUGGAAAUUUUUGAAAAUGGAAUGUCAAAUGUGAUGGAAUUACUUGAAAAAGAGGGUGAAGUUACACCAAGAGAAAUUGUCUCGAAACUUGGUACGGGUGUGUUAGCUAUCCAGGCCGUUCCGCCAGCAAUUUUCUUUUUCUUACACUCACUAAAAACUAACAAUGUUCCAACAUUAUCAACUUACAAUGGCAUGGUUAGAACUGUUCUUUACGCCACUUCUGUGAGCCAUGACUCUGACACAGUUGCUUGUAUGGCAGGGGCAAUAGCUGGCGCAUAUUAUGGAGUGGAUUCUAUCCCAUCAGAAUGGGUCACAGCUUGUGAGGGUUCUGAUAAGGCUAUGAAACUUGCUAAUAAGCUGUAUAAAAUGAAUGAAAACAGUAGAAAGAAUAAAAAAUCUUGAAUCGUUGUAGGGUGAAUGGCUCUCGGGGUUUUGUUGUCGUCUCUAUAGAUUCACUCAUCAUUAUCUUUAUUUUCUUAUUGAGUUCUCGCGGCCUUGUUUUGAAUAUUCCUAAAAAGGGCUGUGGAUUCAUAGGCCUUCUAAUUGAUGAUUUUAGCUAUAUUAAAAUACAAGCUAUUCUCAUAGUUUAUGGUACAAAUUUUUAAUAUAUAUUAAAAUAUAAAUAUUACUGUUUCAUUUUUUAAAUUUACCUAUUUGCAGUAAGAUGUCUAUUUUAUUCGUACCAAAAUUCUUUGAUUUUUUCUGACGGGAUACAGAAAAACAAUUAACAUUCUUUCUCGAUCAUUAUUCGAUUCCAAGA